AUGGCACGGCCAUCUUCCAAAGCCCGAGCUCCGAUGAGCCUCGAAGCUCUCCUAGAUGAAGAGAACCGCGAAGUCAUCGCUGCUCUCGAUCGCAAACGACCCACUAGUCCCAUGCCCAAGGUUGGAACCUCUGCCCGGACUGCCACUCCUCCUCCCGUUCGAAGCAUGCUCGAUGUCGAUUCUCCUACACGUGCUCCAAGACAUGGAUCGUCCGUCGGCCUGGAUGGUGGACUCGCCAGCCCGCCAGCUGGGGCCAGACGGAAAUCAGUUCAGCUUGAUCCUUCAGAUCCAUCCACAUAUACCUCUCCUCACACGAGCAAGCCGAACUCUCCCGUGCUCACAAAGAGUAUACCACUUGCUACUCGGCAUCGAAAUUCUUCCGAGCAUGAAAGACCCACCGGCCUACCAAAGGUCGAGGAUGACGAUAAACGUGGAUUUGAGCAAAAUUACCAGUUUGACAUGGCUUCGAUUCCUUCCAGCGCUGGGGCUACUCCACGGUCACAAGCCGACACUAAACGACCUCGAGAGGGCUCAAGCUCUGCUAUGGCUGCAGCUAUGUCAGGAGAUCUUGCUGCGCUAAAUCUACCUCCAUCUUCCAUUCCGAACCACAACUCUUCUGCAAGACUUUCACAUUCCAGAUCCCCUGUUUCUAAGACACGCAAGCCAGAACCAUCAAAGUCUGGUACUUUGCUCAUCCCAUCAGCCUCUAUCAGACCACUGACAACCCAAUCUGGCACUAUCGUGGAUGACCAAGCUCACCGUCGACUCUCCAACAAAUCCAGUAGUUUCUCUACCGUGGCAACUGACGACUCUGAGGAGGUACAAGGCCGGAUGUCGGUAGACACAAAUGGCCAAGAAGAAGCUUUAAUUGAGUCUAGCGACGACGACGUCAUGUCACCUAGUAGUGAUGAGGACGACACUAGAGGCCGCUCCGGAAGACGUAAAACGUCGGAUACUGGUCAGGUAGAGGAUCCAAAAUCACCCGACUCUGCCGAGACAACCUCGCCAGAAACAGAAAGGAGGCAGUCAGCAACUACACAAUCUGUAAAAUCCCUCCUCGAGCCUUCGAUCUCGAUUACAAGUCCUACAGGCGAAAGCCUCACCGAAGGAAAAUCAGAGGUACGACCGGAUAAUAAUUUUGUCAGUCCUUCAUCUGUCACCACAUCGGUUGAGGACGAAGACGAAGACGAAGGCCAAGCCGCAAUUAGAAAAGCAAAAAGCCUUGGACUCAACGUAUCUCCUCUUGACUCCCGAGUCCACGAUCGCCAUGUACGAAUAGUUUUGCGAGGCGACUGGCUUCAUUUUAAUCAACAAUCUGAGGCUGGCCACCGGACAGCAAGGUUGUACUUGGUCUGCAGUGAUCUCAGCGUUGAAGCUAUGUACGCUAUGGAAUGGGUAGUGGGCACCAUGUUGCGGGAUGGCGAUACGUUACUUGCUAUUUACGCAAUCGAGGAUGAAAAUGCCGGGAAAACCAGCGAAGCGGAUAGGGAGAUGCUUCAGGCCGAAGGCACCCAAGCUGGCAAGGAAGCUUCUGAGGUUAUGGCUACUCUUACACGGCAAACAACCCAAGGCGGGGGCACCAGCAUCGGCUUGGACAGCAAAAAUAGGUACAUUCCUGCUACCGAAGCCGAGAGCCUGACUGGCUCGAUGGAUGCCAGAAAAACAUCGAAGAGGGAAUUGGAGAGAUUGCGUGCGAUCGAGGAAAUCACUCAGAACUUCAUAAAAUUGGUCAGAAAAACGACCCUACAAGUGAGGUGUAUGAUCGAGGUGAUUCAUUGCAAGAGCCCGAAACAUUUAAUUCUUGGAGCAAUUGACGAACUAGAACCUACUUUAUGUGUCGUCGGUACGCGUGGACGCAGCUCUCUGAAAGGGGUUCUUCUUGGAUCUUUCUCCAACUAUCUAGUAACCAAGUCCUCCGUUCCGGUAAUGGUGGCGAGGCGACGACUCAAAAAGCCACGGUCUCAGGUCAAGGUUAGCAGUAACAAGAUAAGACUGUCCAACAACCUGACAGCAUCAAAUCUGCCGGUCAAGCGUAGGGGCCUAGAGCAGGCUCGUAUCGAUUAA